UGCGCCUGGAGUUGGGCGCACAGCCUCCCGCCGCCCUGCCGUUGGGCUGGUGGAGGCCGCAGCGCUGUUAGGGUUGCAUCAGUUUUCCCGUUUGCACUAUUUCUUUUUGUAACCAUGGCCCCGUCUUAAGUAUUUCCAAUUGAGAAACGAACCCUCAGGAAACCGAAACUUAACCAGCCGCUCUCGCUUCUGUAACUACGCUUGCUGACCACCCCUUGUAAUCAUCCAACCAAUCAGACGGCGUGUCUUUGUUUAAAGGUUAACCAAUCAGUACUCCCCACCCCUGGAAAGUCCCGAACUUGAUUGUACCUAUCUGUAAAAGAGCUGAACUAAACUCCAUCGGGACCUCUUGGCGCCACCGGCAACGAGUGCGCAGAGGUCCAGGUUCGAACCUGCAAUAAAUGACCCUUGCCGCUUGGCUUUGACUCUCGACUCUGGUGGUCUUGUGGAGGGGUCUCGCGACCGUGGGCAUUUCAUUUGGGGGCUCGUCCGGGAUGCCCCCGAGCCCACCAGACAUCAGGUCAACGGGUCAUCGCUGACAACCGAUCGGUAAGUAAGCCGGCUCAGAGUACCUUCUGUUUUGGGGACUAGGACAGUCCUGGCGGACGCGCUAUAGGACACCUAGUCGGGUGUGGUUGGAGACGUCCACCACGACCCAUCUGGGGCUGAUAGCCCAUCUGAAGCGCGCACGCGAUAACCUCCCCUUCCUCCUUUUACAGGCUCCGCUAUUGGGACGGCUCUUAAUCACUUUCGUUUUCAGAGUAACCUUCUCUAACCAAUCUCUUCCAGGACCCAGACAUGGGCCAAGCACAGAGUACCCCCCUCUCCCUCCUUCUCGCUAAUUUCGGGGAUGUAAAGUCCCGAGGACACAACCUCAGUCUGGACAUCCGGAGAAAAAUACUAAUUACCUUCUGCCGCUCUGAAUGGCCAACUUUCGGGGUUGGCUGGCCCACCGAGGGUACCUUUUGUCUUCCUAUAAUCCUAAAAGUUAAAUCUAGAGUUUUCUUGCCAGGAAAAGAAGGCCAUCCAGACCAGAUCCCCUACAUCCUGGUAUGGCAGGACCUGACAGAAAACCCACCUCCCUGGAUGACCCCCUUUUUGUCAUCAGGGUCAUGUAAGAUCCUUGCGGCCCGACCAACUAAACCUCCCAAGCCUCAGGCCCCAACUGCACCCAUACUCUCUGAUAGCCAAGACCUCCUUCUCCUAGACCCCCCCCCAUAUCAACCUCCUCCUUUGGCCCCACAACCAGUCCCCCUUCCUGUUCCUGGCCCUGCUCCUCUCCCCUUGGUGGAACCUCCUGCGGCCCCUCCCGAGGGGCCACCCAGGUCAGAACCGGAGAACCGAGAGGCAGAAGCACUACCGGUCCUCCUGCCCAAUGAAAAUAACUCCCAUGGGCCGGCUGGACGCACCCGUGGACGCACUCAGCGCGACCCAGGGUUCCGCCAUCCGGAUUCCACCAUAGCCCUACCCCUGCGAGAAAUAGGCCCUCCCGAUGAGACAGGGAACCCCCGACUCCAGUAUUGGCCAUUCUCUACCAGUGACUUAUAUAAUUGGAAAACCCAGAAUGCCCGCUUCUCUGAUAAUCCUAAAGACUUGAUAGCUCUUCUAGAUAGCGUUAUGUUCACUCAUCAGCCCACCUGGGAUGACUGCCAACAGCUCCUCCGGAUCCUAUUCACUACCGAAGAACGAGAGCGAAUCCAGCUGGAGGCGAGAAAACUGGUUCCUGGAGAUGAUGGUCAACCCACCGCUAACCCUGACCUCAUCAAUGCAGCCUUUCCCUUAACUCGCCCCCCCGCAGGAUGAAUGGGACUAUAACACCGGAGAAGCCUUACAGCGGACACACGAGACAAUCUGGCCCAAACUAAAAGAGCUAUAUGCAACAGGACCCCCGCCCACUCCACACCAGCUCCGGCCAGGUGACUGGGUCCUUGUCAAACGCCAUCGACAAGAGACCCUAGAAC